AUGUCGAAAAUUCAGAAUUCCCGUAUGGAUCAUUUCUUGACGGAUACAGAUGCUAGUGCUUUUCUAAGACUAAAAUCCACCAUGGAUUUAUCAUCGCUUCUCCGCCCAGAUCCUACACUGAGCAAUGAAAUACUUUCCGACGCCAUUCGACUCUUAGAUUCUAUGAAGACAUCUUCAUCUUGCCAUCAGCGCGCCGUCAUGGACUUAGUUUCUUCUUGCCAGUCACUUGAAGAUAACGCAAAAUCUCGUGGCAAGGAUUCCUCGACUCACUUGGACCAGUUUAAAUCUCUAUAUGCCGCUAGGCUAGCAGUAUGCGAGCUUGAUGGCGCUGGUGCAGCAACCCCUGAUAGCUGCAUACCUAUCCUAAAUAUACAACAUGAAGACACUAUACUCAAUUCGUAUAAUGAAGGCGAGAAGGUGCGGAAGGUCGUUGUGCCGGCACAUCUGACUUCCUGCCUCCAAUCACUAGAGUCUAAGCCACAGUGGUGGACAAGCUAUAGCAACAGUAGGCAGAAUGCGGCCGUGAUGUGUCAAGCUUCUCGCUUCGAAAUAGAACGAGAUGAGCUGCUCAAACAUCACAGGGACCUUGCAAAGAUUACAUUCGGCCUUAGUGCAUCUUUGAAUCAAUCACUAACUGAUGCUUCACUGGAGGCAUUGAAACAGCGUAACUUCUUGAAAAUUCUCGAUGAGCUACGUUUGAAAAGGGUCAAUGAUCUCAAAACUACAGAUACCCUCUCUCGCGAAAAUUUUGCGUCAUUUCUCAAGGGUGUAGAAACCCAGAUAUACAAAGCUGGUAUGGAUGCGAAGAACUCGAUGAUAGAAAUUUUGUCAGAUGCAGAGAACAUUUUGUCAUCUCUUGAUACUAUUCGAGACUUAAAAAGGAGUAUCGAUGAUAUUCACACUGAAGCCAUGGAUAAGGAUUCUAAAAGAAUAGCUGCAGAGCAAGAGAGCCAUAAUGCCAACUCUGAGAUGGCGUUAGCUAUUCGCUCUUCACUAGAUGAGAUCAAAAAUCAUGGCAUGGUUCAUCUUAAUCUUGAGUUUCAGAACUUCCAGUCUUCUCUGGUUUCUCUGAACCAAGUAACUGCUUCUAUACACCAAAAGCAAACUUCCCUUGACCAGGUACCUCUUAGUUCCGUUAUUCUACAGGAAUAUCUCUGA